GUUGUCGGUGUGAUGAGCAAGUGCGACCUGUUGACGUCGCGCUCGGAAUCGAGCGGAAAGCGAUCCGUCGCUCGAUUUCGCGUCACGGUGCUCGGAUCGGAAGGAGUCGGAAAAUCUGCUCUGACGGUGCGUUACAUUACCAAGCGAUUUCUCUACGAGUACGACCCGGCAGCGAAGCUCUACUCGAAAGAGAUCACAAUCAACGGACACAAAACCGAAUUACAAAUACUCGACGCGAGCACACAACAAGAGUACGAGGAUGCGAGUGAGUCGAUUAGGAUGUCGAGUUCGUGGUCUGAUGGUUUCGUUCUCGUCUACAGCGUCACGGACGCGUCGAGCCUCAAAUCUGCAAUCGAAAUGAAGACCGAAAUCGACGAGAAACGGAAAUUCCGUCCGGCGCAUUUUAUUCUCGUCGGCAAUAAAUCGGAUUUGGUUCAACACCGCAGAGUAAGCGAAAGGGAAGGACGGAGCGCCGCGGAGUCUCUCUCUUGUUGCUUCACUGAGGCUUCGGCUAGAGAUAAUGUGGCAGUCGAUGAUACAUUCGAGCGAGCACUGAGGACAAUGGGAACUAACCCGAGACGCAAUAGUAUCAUUGGUAUAAUGUCAUCACCGGCAUCUCACGAUAAAAGGAAGAAAACUUUACUGAGUAGAGCGAAAGCGAAAUUGGGACACUCGACGCCGAUCAUGUUGAUGGCAGGAAUGGCAGGAAAGAGAAUGUCGCAGCCGGAUACUCGCGCUCUCACUAUGAAGGAGAUAACGUCGAUGCGAAGGGCAUCCGUCGCCUAACCUGUUGCUAUGAUAAGAUAAGUUAGCAGGUUGUUACAAUCGAUUGACACGAGAUAGGGAUUCUGUACAGGUUGCAUUGCAUCUUAUAAUCAGUGCAUGUCUACAGGCUUCUAUUGGCCACUCUGUCCGACUCACUUAUUCUUUUACUAUUAUGUGAGAAAACAAAAAACUAGAGACAGAGAGAGAGAGACUGUCGUAUGUAGCCUCGGCCUCCCAGACCCGUGUAGCGCCCAUUAAAACGAUGACGGGUGCUACACGGGUCUGGGAUGCCAAGGCUAUACGACAUAUCAGAGCCUUACAAACAACAUAUGACCGAGAGUCCACACAAACGUCUAAUUGUCUCGAUCAAUCAGAGUGCUAAUGAAACAGAUCAUUUAUAGAGGUCACGUUCACUACACGACCCAAAUAAAAAUCAAAUUAUCCCUUUGUUGUUUGACAGGAUCUACAAGAGCUAACUCGAUCUCACCCACCAGAUACCAAUCAGAGCACCUACGGCU